GCUCCCGCUCCGGCCAAAGCAGCCAAGAAGAAGAGCACGAAGCUGAAGAAGGUCGGUCCCAGCGUGUCCGAGCUGAUCGUGAAGGCUGUGGCCGCUUCCAAGGAGCGCAGCGGCGUGUCCGCUGCCGCCCUCAAGAAGACUCUGGCCGCCGGAGGCUACGAUGUGGACAAGAACAAGGCCCGCGUCAAGACCGCCAUCAAGAGCCUGGUGACCAAGGGGACCCUGGUCCAGACCAAAGGGAUCGGCGCGUCCGGGUCCUUCAAGAUGAACAAGCAGGCCGACACCAAGGCCAAGAAGCCCGCCGCCAAGAAACCCGCUCCUAAAGCCAAGAAGCCCGCCGCCAAGAAACCCGCAGCGGCCAAGAAGCCCAAGAAGGCGGCGGCAGCAGCAAAGAAGCCCGCGGCCGCUAAGAAGUCCCCCAAGAAGGCCAAGAAGCCCGCGGCAGCGGCCAAGAAYGCAGCCAAAAGCCCCAAGAAGACCACCAAGAGCCCCAAGAAGGUGGUGAAGAAGGCUCCAGCUGCCAAGAAGUCUCCGGCUAAGAAGGCAGCCAAACCUAAAGCCAAGAAGGCAGCUCCUAAGAAGAAGUAAACAUGAAGCUUUACAGACCUCAAAGGCUCUUUUAAGAGCCACCACAUCCUCUAAACUGCUCUUUCCUUUUUACAACAAAACAAGUCAAACUAUCAUUUUUUAAAAAUAUAAAUGUUUGUAUUAUAUCUAUAUAUUUACACUUGUGUAACAAUGAAGGGAUGAUGGGACCAUGUUUAUAGCGCAAUUAUAUUUAUAAAUUAAUUGUACAUAUUGUCCUUUUUUACAAUAUUAAAACAGUUUGUACUGAUUGA